AUGUCUAACCCGAAGCCACGAGAACCGCACCCAGCCAGAGAAGAUGGCUGCUUCGAUGUGACACCCGAAAGAAAGUACUAUAUUCGCGGCAACGCCUUCAUCAAGAGGUCCCUCCGACCAAAAGAAGUCAUCACCAACUGGAAAGGCAAAACCCACGUUCCUCGACUGCGGAAAGAGCUCCUCAUGAACGAAGCUGCCGCGCUCCGCUUCAUCCGGCAGCACACCGACAUCCCUGUCCCCGACAUAUACUGCGGCUUUGAAGACGACGACGCCUACUACCUGAUAUUUCAAAACAUUGACGGGGUCAACAUGUCAGACUUGAAAGACGAGACGCAGAAGGCCGCCGCUCGUAUGGAGCUGGAGAAACACCUGGCUAAGUUGAAAGGAAUCAAACCCAAGCGCCUCGGUGGACCAUCCGGGAUUGUGAUCCCUCCGUAUCAUGUCUUGGGGAUCACCCAGAGAAGACAACUGGUCGUCCUGAAAGGAGUCGGAGGCAAAAGACGGUGA